GCGCACCACUGCCAAGUUGUCUGUCUGUCUUGUGUGAAGAGUAAAAAGAGUAGCCUUGCAGUCCACGGUGAAAGGUGUCUUCUUCGAUGGAUUUGCUAUUUAGCAGUCGGAGUUAUUUUAAUGAGCACUUUGGCAUGCGCGAGGAUGAAAACGGUGUAACAAUUCACCUCACCUAAAAUCAAUAUCUUCGCUCUGGAAUUGAAGCGUCAAGUCAACCUGUUUUGAUAACCUAGGUAAGGACAACAGAAAAGGUUGCGCAAAUGCAUUGUCUUGCGUAUGAAGUAUGUUCAAAGUGCUAAAGUAAAUCUAAAGUGAAAUGUGAGGCUGGGAGUCAUUUAAGCUAUUGCAGUACGCCAAGACAUGCUGGUCUCAAAAACUUUCUCAAAGCAAACGUUGAUGGAUAGGAUUCAACAAAAACGUUAACGUAUUCUUGGGACACGGGCUGGAGCAACUUCAGAAAGCAAGGCUCGAGAAAAAGAUUAAAGAGAUGACUUACCAUUCCCUCUCGGACCUGCCCAUGAGUGCUGUCCUAGGGCAACGGUAUCCUUUCGUCCCGGUUGUGGGCGCGUUUUCAUGCGCACCGGGGAAGCUGGUCGAGGAUUGCGCCCCGGCUAGCACCCCGCCGACCGGCAUCCACUCUGCCUUCCGGGUGGGGAGUGCGAAAGCUGACCACCUCAUCACACGGAGAACACGUGAAGCAGAAACUGAGCCUGAGGAUGACCCGGUGGUUCACCUCGAAGCCAAAGACUUGUGGGAACAAUUUCAUAAAUGUGGAACUGAAAUGGUGAUCACAAAAUCAGGAAGACGAAUGUUCCCACCUUUCAAAGUCAGUUGCUCUGGUUUUGAUAAGAGAGCGAGCUAUAUUUUGUUGAUGGAUAUUGUGGCAUCAGACGACUGCAGAUAUAAAUUCCACAACUCUCGUUGGAUGGUAGCCGGAAAAGCAGACCCAGAGAUGCCCAAGAGAAUGUACAUUCACCCGGAUAGUCCAGCCACCGGAGAACACUGGCAGUCCAAGACAGCCAGUUUUCAUAAACUAAAGCUGACCAAUAACAUGUCUGACAAACAUGGAUAUACGAUUCUAAACUCAAUGCACAAAUAUCAGCCGAGAUUCCAUGUCGUUCGAGCAAAUGACAUCCUCAAACUUCCAUACAGCACCUUUAGAACGUACGUCUUUCCGGAGACUGAAUUUAUUGCUGUGACGGCUUACCAAAACGACAAGAUAACGCAGCUGAAGAUUGAUAACAACCCAUUUGCAAAAGGAUUUCGGGAUACUGGGAAUGGAAGACGGGAGAAAAGGAAACAAUUAUUUUUGAAAUCCGCACGUUCAAAUGACUCCAAUUCCGACAAACACCACCACAUCUCAACUGCAGUUGAUCAGACGUCCUCACCCCAAACGCAGCCUGUCGUCACCUCCUCAAUAAAAGAAACCAGUGACAGUGAAGCUGACAGCGAUGAAGAUGUUACGGUCGAGGAAGACCCAGACCCCUUUGAGUGGUCCAGAACUACCGGUGUCUCACAGCAAAGCAAUGCCUUCCCUAAUAACAAGGCUACAGACGAGCUCUGCACCCCAACUAUCCAGUUUGGGUCAAGCUCCGACAAUCACGAUGAGAACUCACAGGGUGAAACCAGUGCUGCAAGGCACUGGCCCCCUGGCGAGACCAGGGACUUCCACAAAUGCCAGGCACAACCAAACCAUAUUGUACGGCAAUGA